UUAUCAAAGAUGAGAAUUAGAUUGAAGAGUCCUCAUGGUAAUGCCAUCGUGUCAUUAUCCGAAACAAACGAGAGGGUGGAGACGGUUUUCAAAGAUGUGAUUGCUCCAAACAAUGCUGAAUUAUUCAAAGACCAGACGGUGGUGGCAAUAAAGUCGGGAUUCCCGCCCAAACCAAUCGAUCUACAGGCAAAGUUGGGAGAUGUGAUCCAAAAUGGUGAUCAAUUGAUAUUGGAGCUAGCCGGCCAAACUGCAGCAGAUCCAACAACCCCCCAAUCAAAACAGAAGAAGGUGGCUACUGAAACCGAACAACUGGUGAAUAAACUGGAGAUUCCUUCAAUUUCCAUCCCGGAUAUAGACCAAUACCUAAUUCUUCGUAAUAUCCCGGACGACAACUCAUGCAUGUUCAAUGCCAUUGCUUAUGCUUUGGGCAAACCAUUUGAUUAUUCCCAAGAUUUAAGACUCGUGGUGUCAAAUGAAAUAUCCCAGGAUCCAAUCACUUAUAACGAGAUAAUUCUAGGCCGAUCCAAUGAUAAUUAUUGUAGUUGGAUCAGUAAAAAAGAUUCCUGGGGUGGCGCCAUCGAAUUAGGCAUUCUACUGAAAACACUCAACCUACGUAUCAAUUGCAUCGAUAUCGAACUGGGUAACUUUAUUAAAUUUGAAGACGAGUCUAGUAACCCUACUAACUUCAUCAAUUUGAUUUAUUCCGGCGUCCAUUACGACUUGCUAGUGACAAACCCAACACUAAGUGUCGACCACAAGGAUAAAUCAAGCGAUCUAGGCAAAUGGUCAAUUGAUUUCGAGCCGGUGAUUAACCAGUACUCAAACAAACUACUGAAACUAUUACAACUGCGUAAUUACACUACAAACACCACCACCUUCAGAGUCAGGUGCUUGCAAUGCUACCAGGUUCUUGUGGGCGAAACCGGCGCAUCCAAGCACGCCAACGACACCGGACACUACAACUUCGGCGAAGUUGAUAAGUAGAUGAACAAGAUGAACAAGUAGAUAGUUUGCAACUUUUGUAGCCGCAAAAAACACCCAAUGCCACAACGUGGAAAAAACACUCACAAACGAAAACCCGAAAAAAAAGUC